AUGAAGGAGCUUUUCGGGGAGAGCUUUGUGAGCAAGGACACAGGCAAGACGUUUGCCAACACCAUCAAAGAGGAGGUGGCAUCCUACAAGUGGCGCAACACACGUCAUAUACAAACCCUUCACUUCUGGGUAAGGCUCCAGAAGUUCCCAAGAGAGAGAAGUUACGAGAUAAGAGAUAGGUGCCUUUACAUUGCCAGAAGCUGCCAGGAAAUAAGGGCGCACUAUUUUGAAUUUGAAGACGGGCUGUACUACCUGACCACAGAGAACGGGGUGGUGUACCAAACCUUCUGCGAUAUGACCACAGACGGCGGCGGCUGGACGUUGGUGGCGAGCGUACACGAGAACAACAUCUAUGGGAAGUGCACGCUGGGUGACCGUUGGACAAGCCAGCAGGGCAGCAACCCCUUUCGGCCAGAAGGGGAUGGCAACUGGGUCAACAUGAACACUUUCGGAAAAGUUGAAGGCGCCACUGCUGACGAUCCUGGCUACUAUGACAUCAAGGCACAAGACAUGUCAGUGUGGCACAUUCCCAACAAUAAACAGAUGAAAGACUGGAACCCCACUGCCAUCCUGCGCUACCACACCGAGACACGCUUCCUGAGCCAAUACGGGGGAAACCUGUAUGAACUCUUCCACAGGUACCCAGUGAAGUACAACGCUAGGGCACCUUUGAUCAACAAUGGACCCUCGAUUCCCAUAGUUUAUGACCAUGGGGACAAACAGACCACCAAAGCGUUUUACGGCCCUUACGCUCAAAGGGAGUUUGAACCAGGCUUCAUCAGUUUCAGAGCAAUUCAUUGGGAAUGGGCAGCCAUGGCUAUUUGCUCUGGGACCAAACCCAAAGGCGGACAGGUUGAUGCAUACUGUAUUGGUGGUGGUGGGCAUUUCCCUGAGGCGGCCCCAAAACAGUGUGGGGACUUCACCUCCUUUGCCUGGAAUGGCUAUGGGACCCACAAAGGCUGGAGUGCAUCAAAAGACAUGCUUGAGGCAGCUGUGUUACUCUUCUACCGCUGACGGCCAGGCCAUUUUACUUUAUUACAGUAAUUUUGUUAAUUAUAUUACAGUAAACUAAAGCAAUACUAUAAAACAGUGGGCUCCAACUUUUCCUAGCAUGAGCUACUUUAACAUUUAUUUUUUUAUUUUUUUACUUGUCACUACUAAUGUUUUUCUAGCUUUCAAAUAGGCACAUUCUUAUCCUCCCCCCUUCAAUUGUCAAUGUACCUGGUAAAAUAAUGGCUAAUUAACAACUAAGGGGGGCCUAAAAAUCUGCUUAUUUCCCCAAAUUGUGUUCUCAUUAAUUUCCUGGUUUUAGAAAAAAAUGACAAUUGUUCAUAAAGAAACAACAAAAUGGGAUGUUCUGAAUCCACGUUAACGCUUAAAUAAGAAUGUUUUCCAGACUUUUUUAAAAUACACAUUUAGAUUUGAGUUCCCCUUUAAUUGCGCAUCUAUCGAGUCAGAAAUGUCCCGUCUAAUGUGCCAGUUUAGCGAUGGUUCUGUACUGUUGCUGCUAAUUUCAUGGCAAAGUUACACAAUUUCAAGGCAAAGAUACAAAUAAUAUACUUACUCAUGAUAUAUUUCUGCCAGGUAAGCCUACUUUGCAGUUAGCAUUUAAUUGAGAAGGUUAUGGGGAAAGUAUUUCUUUCAACCCACAAGAUGGUUAUCACAUUGUUUAUGACAGGUGGAAUUGUUUGACGAGCUACUCAUGGGUGGGCUGCAAGCUACUGGCAGCUCGCGAUCGACCUGUUGCGAGACCCCUGCUAUAAAACAAUAACUAUUCAGUACCAUCACAUGUGAAGACGUGUGCCUUAUUUAAUCUUUAAGUUGCUGAUAUUGUGAUUUGCUCUAGGCCAGCCCAAGAUAAUGUAAAACACUUAAUGACAACUGUUGUAUUUAGGGGGAUGGCGGUAGGAAAGUGGGUUUGUUUGUGCUUGCUUGUACUUUUUCCCCCACUGUGCAAUAACGUUACAAUAAAGUAGUCUAUAGAUU